AUGUAACAAUAUAAAGUUAUUAACGAAUAACCUAUUCCUGAACAUGUAAACUUGCUAUUUCUCAUAUUUGAUAGCUCUUUUUUUGGAAAUAUUCAGAUUACAAAGCUAGAUCUUCAACUCCAACUAGAUCUAAGUCUCCUUUAAGGAAAUAAAAAUAAUAAGUCAAAUCUACAUUACAAAGGUUAGAAGAAGAAGAAUGGGCUGAGUGUACAUUUAAACCAUAAUUAUUCUCGAAAAGAUGUUUUCAAUAUAAUGAAGGUGAUUUCUUACAGCGAUGUCAAUAGUAUGAAGAAUAGAAAUAAGUAAAAUUGCAAAAAUUACGGAUGUUUGAUGUGGAAAAUGAAUUGAAGGAAUGUACUUUUCAGCCAAAGAUAAGUUAAUAUGUUAGGAAUGCAAAUACAAUUAAUUUAAAUGAGACAAAUAAGAAAUAAGUGUUUGACAAUUAUAUGGGAUAACCAAAACAAUCUUAUGCAAAAUAAAUGUAUAAGUAUUCAGAUGCUUUGAAUUUAUUGCAUAAAGAACUUCAUGGAUGA